UAGUGUCAAACAGUAGUUAGCGUAAGGUCUGAUCAGUGACAUCGUCUCUGCAUGUAAAAGGUAUUAACGGUGACAAUGCCAGAGAAAAAUGGAGAUACGUAUAAAACUUUUAAGCAGAGGAAAAGUUUUGCUGUGCGGAAGGAAGAGGUUGUAGGCAUAAGAUCAAAGUUCCCUACAAAAGUACCGGUGAUCGUAGAGAGAUAUUAUAAGGAGCAGCAUCUUCCGAUGCUGGAUAAAACAAAAUUCCUCGUGCCUCAAGAGCUCUCCAUGUCACAGUUUGCCUCUAUUAUUAGGAAUCGUAUGUCACUGAACUCGAAUCAAGCAUUUUAUCUCAUAGUGAACAACAAAAGUAUUUCAAGCAUGUCAAUGACACUGGCAGAAGUUUACAGAGAUGAAAAAGAUGAUGAUGGCUUCCUUUACAUGACUUAUGCAUCUCAAGAAAUGUUUGGAGGGUGUUGAUAUUAUAGUGCAGUGUUGUGAUUGGGCAAUAAGUUAUUGAUCAUUUGAUCAGAUCUUGGAAUUUGCCUCUGAAUCAGAAUUUUCAGAGUAUUGGAGCCAGUGCCAUGGAAUUAGUUGAUACACUGUGUCAUUGAAAUAAAAGUGGAUUCAUAUGAUUAUUUGUCAUCCUCAACAAUUCAUCGUAAUGAUUUUGUUGCCAUGCUGAUUUAUUCAUAAUUAUAUAUAUAAUGUAUCUAUAUUUUAUUUCAUUCUUCUGUUUGAACAACUUAAGUACAUUUGAACCUAUGUCAAACACCUCAUUGUUUCUUUUGUAUUAUUCAUUUUGCAGAAGCAAUAAUUUUUCUAAGAACACAUUUUUAGAAUGGAACAAAUGCAAAGCUAUAUGAUUUUUGCAAGAAUUGACAUUUGUUUUUUAAUUUGCAACACAUCUAUACAAAAUGUUUCAAUUUUUUGCAUGUCGGAUAAUGCCUUGUAGUUUCAGUAGGUUAUGUAAGGUCUUCCACAGCAUCUUGCAGUUUUGCAAAGAGUUGCUUCCCCUUUAAGUUAAAAUUUUGUGUAAAACUAUUAAGAAAUUAGACAUCCGGGUUUGUAUUGCAUGUUGUGAACAUAUCGAUUUAUACUUAGUUGGAUUAAUCUUAUCCUUAGCUGUCAUGUCUAGGUUUAUUUUGCUUUGACAAACUUCGAACUCUUG